CGAACGUGUGUCGAAUAGUCAGUGGCAAAUGAAUCGUUGAAGUGAAACAACCGUAGGUGAAAUAGCUGAUGCCGCUGUUGCACGCAGUUCUUUUCUCUAUCGCUGCUCUAUUGGUUCUGUAAACAUUCGAAAACUUCGCCAGCUUCCGGAUGAGUUCCUCUAACUGCAAGUGUUCCUGUACGGCCGCCUUGUUUGGCCUGAGCUUGGCCGGGUUCUUGCUAUCGCUUUACACCUCAUAUGUGGAGAUCCGUACCGAACGGGACCAUGGCUAUCAGGCCAUGUGUGACAUCAGCGAGCGAGUCAGCUGUACCAAAGUGUUUACAUCUGAGUACGGUCGCGGUUUUGGCAUCGUCGGUUCCAUCCUGGGAGCGGACUCCGCUCUGAAUCUACCGAACGGUUUCUACGGUAUAUUCUACUACUUUCUGGUAGCCGGUCUCGCCUUCAGCAACAACAUUCGAGUGGCCCGGCUGACCGCUUACCUGAUCGGACUGUCCAAUCUGCUCUCGAUCUAUCUGGCCUACCUGUUGUACUUUGUGCUCGAGGAUCUAUGUGUCGUGUGCGUGACGACCUACGCGGUUAACCUGAUCAGCUUGAUCGUGGCCCUGCAGAAGCUACAGAUUUUAGUUCGCGAAGAUCAGGUCAUGAGGGCGAUCCAAAAGGACCGUUGAACGAUCGCAGGCUUCUUUUUCUUUGAUUUGUUACAUGCCAAAAAAACGAAAGCAAAUGUUGUGAUAUAAAUAAUCAAUUAUUCGAAAAUAUAAAUGCAUUAUUCUAUUGAUUGUAAA